AUGGUUGGAGCUCCAACAGCAACAGUAACAACAGAUCCACAUAAUUUUCAACGGAUUCGAGAUACCGGAACUGUAUACAAAUGCUUGGUUACGGAACCGAAAUGUGGCGAAGUUUUCUUUGAUCUUGAAGGAAAUGAAGAAAAACUGCAUGGCUUAGAGUCACGGCAAAUUGAGGAAAAGUCGAAAGAACGUCUGGGAUCGACGGUGGUUUCAUCAAAAAAAGGAGACAAAUUUGUGGCAUGUGCUCCGCACUAUACAUACUUCUUCUCAAAAUUUGACCUGCGCGAUCCAGUCGGACGUUGCUUCUACGUUGAUAGAAGUUUCGAUAAUUUCACUCAGUUUGCUCCAUGCCUUAAAGAAAUUUUUACUGGAUAUCAUCGUUUGGGAUUUGGUCUCUGUGGGCACAGUGCAGCUGUUCCUGAAUAUAUGAAUCGUGUAUAUGUUGGUGCUCCAGGAGCAUACUAUUUACAAGGUUCAAUAUUCUCUCAAAAUGUUCGAGACAAGAACGACAGACCAAACACGUUGGCACAAAAUGCUGAAUACGACAACACAUAUCUAGGAUUCUCGACCGCUGUUGGAGACUUCAACAGUGACGGCAAUGAAGAUGUUGUCGCUGGUGUUCCUCGUAUGGGCGCUUGUGGAGCUGUACAGACCAGCAUGCAACACGUAAUUGUAAAUUUUAGUUACGACGAUAUUAUUGCUGGCGCUCCAUUUUAUACAGCCUUUGGAGUCAAGGAGAAUGCUAAAACACAUGAAAAGAAACCGAAAUAUGAAAUAGGCAAAGUCGUGAUCUUCUUCCAGAGAUCUGGAAGAAAAUUUACUACUCAAACGAUCUAUGGUGACAAGGACUGGUCACAGUUUGGUUAUUCAAUUGCGGCAGUCGGUGAUUUAAAUCAAGACAAGUACAAUGACUUUGUUGUUGGAGCACCAUACGGAGGUUCAGAUGGUGGUGGAGCUAUAUAUGUGUUUCAUGGUGGUAAAGAUGGAGUUCGAGAAAAACCAACCCAAGUGAUUGAAGGUCGAAGUAUACGCAGAGACAUUCGGAGCUUUGGCUUUGCAGUUGCUGGCGGAAAAGAUAUUGAUGGAAACCAGUAUCCAGAUAUUGCCGUUGGUGCGUACAAGUCAGGACACGCUGUUAUACUUAGAACGAAGCCUGUAGUUCGAGUCAAGGGUGAUGUUCAUCUUGUUGCUAAUUCAGUAAAUUUGGAACAUAAAAACUGCACUACUUCACUUGGAAGGAUGGCUUGUGUCGAAAUGGAUUACAACUUGGCGAUUGAAGAUCGACCAAAAUCACCGAAGCAAGUUGAACUGAAAAUUACUGCUCAAGUAGAUGCUAAAAUGCCAUCAAAACCACGUGCAUUUUUCAUCAGCUCGGAUUUAGUAAGUUUUCGGAAGAUUUUAACAAGUGUUACACCUUUCUUUCAAGUUACACCUUACUUUUUCAUCAAUCUGUUACAGGAUUCAAUUCGCGAUAAAUUGACACCAAUCUCCGUUACUCUAAACUACACACUAAUUGAAAGUUUUACGAACAGACCAAGCGAGUUGGAUGCUGCCCUUGAUACCACGCUUCCAACAACUUACUCUAGAGAGCUUAAAAUCGAUAAAAACUGUGGGAGUGAUGAGAAGUGCAUCCCAGAUCUCAGCCUUUCUGUUAUUCCGAGUAAAGAUAAGUUUACAAUCGGUGGUGUCGAUCAAAAAGUUGUGCUCAAUGUCACUGUCGAUAAUAGAGGAGAAGAUGCCUAUGAGUCACAGUUCUUCAUAACGAUACCACCAGAAUUUGAGUAUGGUGGCAUUGUUAAUUACGAUGGAAAGAGCAGAAUUCCAUGUGACAAGGUAGAAGCUCACGAGAAUACACAAGAAUAUAUUUUCCGAUGUGAUCUUGGAAACCCUAUACCAGCAAACAAAAAAGUAAAAUUUGGAGUUAACUUGACUGCUGGUAAUGCUAGUUAUGCAACGGAUGAAAUUGUCAUUAAGACGCUCGUCAACAGUACAAACGAAGAAGCGAGGGGACGUGACUAUGACAAUGCAGUAAAUGUGACGCUGGGAUUAGAGACAAAAGCUCAGUUGAUAUUGAGUAGUAAAUCAGAGCCUCCAGAGGUAGUCUAUUCAAUUCGAAAUAUGACAUUAGUCGCAGAUGCUAACGCUGAAUACGACGUUAGGGCCAAAUUCGACUCCGACAUCGGUCCACUUGUUACACACGUCGGUCCAAGUUCUAUUCGAAAAGCAAGACUUGAUAUUAUCUGGCCAAGUCAUUUUAGUGAUGAAAAACAUUUGCUUUAUUUAAUUGACGCUCCAGAAGCUGAUCCUCCUCAUGAUGUUGAAUGUCGUAUGGAGCCGAUUGAAAACAUGAAUCCUGAAAGUCUUCUGGUUAGUUCGCAGAGUAUGAAUUUCAACUGUACCCAUAUUUAUUGCGAUAUCAGAAACCUAAACGCCAUGCAGUCAGUGGUAAUUUACGUUUACUCAAGGCUGGUACUAAACACAGCCAUUGAGACUUUUACUGAUGUUGAGAAGUCCUACGAAGUUUCAUCGCUAGCUAUAGCAGAAGUUGUGGAGAUGCCGUUCAAAACUGGAUACAAACAACUAAAACAAAUGCUUGCAGUAAGCCUUUAUUUUGUUAGACAAUUGAAUUUUCCGUACAACCCCAUCAUUAAAUUACAUUUUCAGUGCGGAUUUUUCAAAAGGAAACGACCGCCUGCAGAACAUGCCACCUAUAAUACUGGUGCCCGGAACCAAGAUGCGUUUGCCGAUAGCCAAAUGAGGUACGCACAGCCAUAUAUGUACAAUGAGAACAAGCAUGGUGCUAGAUUAUAG